UAAAAAUAUCAGUCAUUUAGAGUCGUUUAAUUCAAGUCAUAGUCAUAAUAAUAAUCAAGAUUAUUUUGUUGGAAUUUUGAAUAGUCAUAGCUCCAGUCAAAGUCAUAAGUCUAAUUGUCAUUUAAAGUCAUAUAACAGUCACUAUAAACAUGUCAAGUCAGCAAGCACACAUUCACUGCACCACUUGUCUCCACCACCACAAUUUACACACAUACAUAGUCAGUCACAGUCAGGGAAUGAUUCCGGUGAUGACAUUGGUGUCAUUCCUGAGAGAUCUCACCGAGACUCAUAUUGUCAGUCUGAGAAAUUAAUUUUCAAGUCAUAUUUCAAUGAUGAUAAUGGUGAUAAUGUCAUGUCUGAGAGGUCUGAAAAGUACCUCGGUGAUGAAAGCAGUCACCAGUCUGAGAAAUUAAUUUUCAAGUCAUAUUUCAAUGAUGAUAAUGGUGAUAGUGUCAUGUCUGAGAGGUCUGAAAAGUACCUCGGUGAUGAAAGCAGUCACCAGUCAGAGAAAUCAAUUCUCAAGUCAUAUUGUCAUAAUUCAAAUAAAAGUUGUGAUAGUCAAAGUGGGUAUCUUAAUGAUGAGUACAGACACAUGUCUGAGGAAUCACCUCACACAAUCACAACAGUCACAUCACCAUAUCACAGUCAACAAGUCACAUCAUCAUUUAGUCAGGUCAAUACAGUCGAGUCAAAACAUAAACAUAACAUUAACAAUAGUAAACAGUCUUGGAACAUAAAUGUUAAAGUAGGUCAUUCACAAUUUAAUUGUAUCAUUGAUUCAGGAGCUGAUCUUAACAUAAUGUCAAAACAAACUUUUGAUUCUUUAAAACGUCAACAAAGUCAAAUGUCACUUGUCAAAUGUCACAUAAAUGUCACAGGAUUUUGUGGCAAGUCAAUACCCAUUAUGGGAAAAGUCAAUAUUAAAUGCAAUUUAAUAUUAAAUAAUAACACUGUCAGUGAAAAUAUAGUGUUCAUAGUCGCAAAUUUAGUAUGUCCCAAUGUCCUAGGUCUUCCUACUUGUGAAAGGGUCUUGGCUGUCUACCUCCUGUCUGUCACCUGAAACUCAAACCUGAUGCAGUACCAUGCGUGGAUCCUCCCAGGAGAGUACCAUUUGCGAUGCUUGGAAAGCUACGCGAGGAGUUGGAUCGCAUGGAGAGCAUGCAAGUCAUUGAAAAAGUCACUAAGCCUACAGAAUGGGUGAAUAGCAUAGUAAUUACGGUCAAAAGUUCAGGUCAGUUACGAAUUUGUUUAGAUCCUAGAAAUUUGAAUAAGAAUAUCAUAAGGGAAAUUUAUCCAAUAAAGUCAAUUGAUGAGAUAAGAUCUCAAUUAGUAGGAGCUGUUUGUUUUUCUCAUUUAGAUGCAUUUUCAGGUUUUUGGAUGUUAAGAUUAGAUGAAUAUAGUUCUAAUUUAUGUACCUUUCAAACACCAUUUGGCAGAUAUAAAUAUUUAAGAUUACCUUUUGGCAUAAAUGCAUCAUCAGAAAUAUUUCAAAGAGUUAUGAUGAAUUUGUUUGGUGAUUUAGAAGGAGUCUUGAUAUUCAUCGAUGACAUUCUAGUCUAUGGUCCAAGUGAGUCUAUACAUAAUGAGAGAUUACAUAAAGUAAUGCAAAGAGCUCGUCAAGUUAAUUUAAAAUUUAACAAGUCCAAAUGUAAAUUUCUAGUUUCUGAAGUCUGUUUUUUAGGUUAUGUCUUUAGUAAAGAUGGUGCAAGGGUUGACCAAGAAAAAGUAAAAGCAAUUGUCAAUAUGCCUACACCACAAAAUGUCAAAGAAUUGCAAAGAAUAUUAGGUAUGAUCAAUUAUUUAGGUCCCUUUAUUAGCAAUUUGUCAGAAAAAACUCAAAUUUUAAGAAAUCUUUUGAAAAAAGAUGCAGUCUGGUCUUGGGAUGAAAAUCAUAAUAAAUGUCUUAAGAGUUUAAUAGAUGAAAUUACAAAGUCACCGGUUUUAGCUCACUAUAACCCCAAUAUUCCAUUAGUCUUGUCAGUAGAUUCGUCUAAGUCAGCAUUGGGAGCAGUCAUUUUACAAAAUAAUAAACCCAUUGCUUAUAGUUCAAAAACAUUAACCACAACUCAGUCUAGGUAUGCUCAAAUUGAGAAAGAAUUGCUUGCAAUUCAAUUUGGUUGUGAAAAAUUUCAUCAGUAUGUAUAUGGUCAUAGAGUCACAGUUCAUACAGAUCAUAAACCAUUAGUCUACUUAUUUGAUAAACCAUUACAUGAUGUACCAGCUAGGUUACAGCGAAUGAUGUUAACUUUACAAAAGUAUGACUUGAAAGUCAUACAUGUCCCAGGUAAACAAAUGUUUAUAUCUGAUACCUUGUCUAGAGCUGCCUUAAAAGAUUAUUAUACACCAGAAAAUGAGGCAGAAAUAACUUGUCAUGUCAAUUUAAUGUAUUCAAAUUUAGCAGUCACUAAAGAUUACAGCACAAAAUUGUCACAACAUACCAAUAAAGAUGAAAGUUUGCAAUUGUUAAAGAAAUAUUAUUAUGAAGGUUGGCCAAAAAGUAAAAGUAAAGUCAGUCAAUUAGUCAAACCAUAUUGGAAUAUACAAGCUGAAAUUCAUGUCGUAAAAGAUUUGUUGUUCAAAGGUUCAAAAUUGAUAGUACCACAGUCUAUGUAUAAGGAAAUGUUGGAUAAAAUUCAUGAAGGUCACCAAGGUAUAAACAAAUGUCUUAAAUUAGCGAGAGAUUCUUUAUAUUGGCCAAACAUGUCGGUUGAUAUCAAAAAUUUAGUAGAACAAUGUCUUAUAUGUGCAAAAUUCAAACCUUGUAACCAAAAAGAACCAUUACAAAAUUUUGAGAUUAAUAAGUAUCCAUGGCAACAAGUUGGUAUUGAUUUAAUGUAUAUUGAUAACCUUUCUUAUUUAAUUGUUACAGAUUAUUACUCUAAAUACAUAGAGAUAGCUUUGUUAAAUAAAAAUAGUACAGCCAAAAAUGUAAUUACACAUUUAAAGUCUAUUUUUGCCCGUCAUGGUAUACCUUUGUCAUUAGUGUCUGACGGUGGACCUCCUUUCCAAUCUUUAGAAUUCAAGAAUUUUUUACAUGAAUGGGACAUAGAACAUAUUAUUACUAGCCCAUAUCAUGCACAGUCAAAUGGUCAAGCAGAAAGUUCAGUCAAAAUUGUAAAAAAUAUGUUGAAAAAAUGUAAAGAAAAUUCGUCUGAUCCUUAUAUAGCCUUAUUACAAUAUAGAAAUACACCUAAAAAUAAUUUACCAUCCCCAGCACAACUGUUAAUGUCUAGGAAUUUAAGAGAUAAUGUUCCAAAGUCAUAUAAAAAAUUAAAACCAAAGGUUGUAAAAUUUAAAGAUUACAAAGAAUGUGUAAACAAGAAUAAUGUCAAUAAGUCAAAAUAUUAUAAUAGAAAUUCUAAGCCUUUGUCAUUGUUGUAUCCUAAUGAUCAUGUCUACUUUAAAAGAAAACCAAAUUAUAAUUGGGAACAUGCCAUUGUCAAGCAAAGGCUGGCAAAUAAUAGGUCAUAUGUCAUUGAGGAUGUCAAUGGAGUUAGGUAUAGGAGAAAUAGAAUUCACUUAAGGCAUAAGUACUCUCCUAUGCUAUCCAACUCGUCGUCGUCGUUGUCAUCGUCGCAGGGGAGAGAGGAUGGUGACAGUCAGAAGGCUGGACCUCAAGAACUCUCAUCUCAAUCCUCAAGUAGUCAAAUUGUCACACGUUCAGGUCGAUUUGUAAAGCCUUCUCGUAGGCUAAUAGAAGAAAUAGAUUAAGUAUAUAAUUGUAAUCUAAAUUAAGUCAUAAUUAAGUAAAAACCUUUGUCUAUCAUAACUAUGUAUAAUAAAGUCAAUUUUUGUCAAGUCAGUCCAUAGUCUUAAGUCUAUUGUUUGUCAAGGGUUAAUUUAAACUUAACAGGGGGGAUGUUGUAACAUCACUAAUUAGUAAUACUAAUUAGUACGUCACUAAUAUAAUAACUUCCGCUAUGAUCUGUCAUCUGUCUUUUUCCAUAUCUUUGGUAUGGGUCGACUAUGUAACUGUGUGAAUGUGUGUUGUGAAAUAAAACUCAAGUAACCCAAGA